AUUUCGGGUUGGGCUGCCUCUUCCUCGUCCUCUUCUCCUUCCCCGGCUAGCAGCUGCGAGAGCUUAGGGUUUGUCGUUUGUGUUCGUUCUCUAAUCUCUGUUUCUAUUUGUCUUCGAUAUAGUCUCUUUGUCCUCGGCGAGUCGGCGUUGGCUCGACUGCUCGGUAUUUUUGCUUGGUUGAUUGUUUGGCUACCGAACCCUAGCUUACAGAGACCUCCGAAACUCCCAUCUUUCUUCUCCUUCCGCUCCGCUCCUCCCCAAAAUAAUUGAUCAAGGGAAGAUGGGCAGAAGAGAGAAGGAUGGAUGGAGCUUGAAACGUGGGAUCUGUAAAGGUGCUACUUUGCGGGAGGAGAACAUCGGGAAGAAGGAGGUGGAUGUGAGCUCGAUUUUGAAGAUAAAGCAUCUGCAAAAAUUGGCAGCUUGGGCGGGCGGAGAAGGGGGAAUGCCUCCUCUUGGUGGUUUUUUUGGCCAACGUUUAGCAGCUACUGCUGAGGCUUUAGGGGUUCCAUUGGAUAAAGCAUUCUUCUUUUGUGAAAGAUGCGAAAGCAACCUCCAACCGGGAUAUAACUGCACAAUUCGGAUUGAAAAAUGUACGAAUAACAAGCGAAGGCGAUCGAAGAUGAAAUCACGCAGCUUGCAAAACAAUGUCAUAUACACUUGCAACUUCUGUCAUCAUCGCAACUUGAUCAACGGCACCACCAAAGGCCACAUCAAAACUCUAAUAUCUUCGAAAGAGUGGAAAUUAGAUGCCACAUCAGAAUCUAAACAUCAUAGUUCCAUCAAGAUAGAUGAUCGAGAUCCUAUAUUGAAAUCGGAUUUUUAUGAUCAAGAGACUCCUUCAACUCCGAUGCAACAACAUAAUGUUUCAGCAAAGAAGAAGAAGUGGAGGAAGACGAGCGAGUCGGAAUCUGGAAAGUUGGAGCUAAGCAGCAGCAGAAGGAAGAGGAAGACAUGGUCAAGUUUGAAAGAUAUAGUUGAGAAGAAAGAGGCUGAGAGUAAUCAAAAUGUUAGCAAUUAUGUGAUUCCUUUCUUUAUGCAGGCAUAGUUGUGUAGAUUGAUUACUUAUAAUUAUAUGUAUGUUAACUUUGGAUAGACAUUUAUUUACAUAUCACUUAAAUCUUAUGUAUUUACAUUAUU